GAUUACUUGCAAGCCACCCCACCCCGACGUUCGGCAGUUGAAAGGUUCUAAGCUGACCAAACGCGGCCCUUGAGCAGCACAUAGUAUACGCCGACCUGUCAGGUAUCCCUCUCUCAUAUUGAUGAGUCCAAGGGUGGAUGGGUUUCCCGCCACGAACAGCCCUGAACAGAUGAGUAAGUUCACGCUGGGCUGUGAGAUCGAGGGUGCCUCUCAGAAAGCCUUUCGCUUAUAUUACAUAAUUACUCUCAGAGCCUAUACAUUAUUAACAUUAAAUAUUGUGGUAAGAACGAUAACAGCCAGCAAAAAGUCGCACGCGCCGAAAUGAGCGCCUGGCAACUUGACUCCGACACCGUCCAAUCAGAUAACGCUCUGUAUGCAUUUGGAUGAGGCGUCACUCGCAGCACCGAUGCGUGUCACUGAGGCCAGGCCCGUUCGGCGAUUGCGCGUGCGCUUCCGGCCUUUGCAAGCUCUGACGCUGCUGGCGGCAGUGCUGAUUACGAGCGCAGCAGCUGCAGCGAUCGGGGAAUGCAGCGCGGCCGACGGAGCGGCGACUGGGGUGCAGGCGCUGUCCUCCCUCUCUGGUGGCCAGGUGGCCCAGGGCGUCCUGGCUACACCGGUCACCGCCACGUGGGACUUUAAGGGACGGCCGGACGUGCUCGCGAUGCCACAAGGCACCGCCGUGAACCUGUCCUGCCUCACGGCACUCAACGCCACCGUGGCGGCCCCCUCGGCGGCGGUGGGGAGUGUGUUCCUGCAGCCCACGGCGCUGGACUUGUCUGCGGCGUCGGGCCUCAGCAUGGCCGGCGUCAGCCUCAGCACCGACUGCGCCACAGUGCUGGCAUACCAACAGUAUCUGUGCACGUCGCUGCGCGCAGCAGGCAGCCUGACGAUGGAGCCAGGCGUGGUUCGUUUCGGCCGCUGGCGUGACGGCUUCACGUCUCUGGACAACGUGAACCUCACCUGCCCCACGUCGGCGGGCGCGGCGGCAGUGGCUGUGCCUUGCCGUCUGGUGUCUGUGCAGACGGCUGCUGAGCUGCUGGAGGCGUUCACGGUGCAUGCGGCUGCUGCCGCGGCGGCGGGAGCCAACCUCACAAUCGUGCUCGCUAGCAACGUGACGGUGCAGCGCAGUGCGUCGCCUUCCCACGUACCCGCGCCUGUACCUGCGCCCUUGCUCGCGAACAUCAGCUUGGUGGGGUCGGCGCUUCUUGGGCGGCCCGUGCUGGAUCUGCAGCUACAGACGUGGCUGUGGGACGUGGGGCCCACCGUGUGGGUGACGCUCAGCAACCUCUCGUGCGUUAACCUCGCACCCGGCUACAUCUCCGCGGGGCGGCCAUACAGCCCCUACGGGCUGCUGUCAGACCGCUUGUGGGCGUUCAAGAGGUCCACACGCCAAGUCAUUAUCCACGACUGCACUCUUGUGAUGCCGCCCGAUGAGCUGUCAUACACCCGUUACUGGAUAACGUUCCUCGUGUCGCCGGUGCCUGAGGCCCAGGCACUAGCUGCCUGGCUUAAGGUCACCAACGUCACGGUUGACGCCGUGAAUGCGUCAGGGGUUUAUUACCGGUCGCUGCAGUCGGCUGUCACGAGUUUUGAACGAGUGCACGUCACCGACAGCUUGGGCCCGGGCUACCCGCUGCUGCCGCCUGUUAGCCUGGACAUUAAGCAGCUCCAAUCCGCCAGUGUGCCGCUCACCUCCGUGAACCAGGCCAACUCCGCCCCCGACCUGCUGCUAGCUAUGGACCCCCACCACAGCACGCCUGAUGGAAGCGGCCUGCGCUGGGUGCUGCUGGUGGGCAACGUCUCUACCGGGGAGGGCGGCGCCGUCGCGUGGGCGAACGCCCUGGAGGCCACCACAACAGGCGACAACGCAAACAGCAUGGGUGGCAGCAGCGCAGACGCUGCGGCCGCCCGCGCAGCCGGGUUUGGGAAUGCGACCGCUAUCAUCCCUGGCAGCACCGUGAUUGAAUGCGGCUAUGCGACGGGCUUCAUGCGGCUGGGUCUCGGCGGCCAAACAGCGGCACUGGGUGUGCCAGCUGGAGCAAGGCUGGUGAUGCGGCGGCUCGUGCUAACCGAACUGGCGGCUCGCGGCGGCAGCUACAGCCGCAGCGACCCGCUGGCAGUGCUGUCCAGCCCGCUGUGGGGCGUGUCGCUGGCCGCGGGCGCCAGCAAGACACGGCUGGAGAACUGCACGCUGGUGGUCAGCGCGGAGGAGCUGCAGCUGCUGCAGCAGGCGCUGCUGCCGGCGGCGCAGCUGGCGGCGGUUGUGGCCGCAGGGCCAGCAGGGGGCACAGGCGCCAACGCCACAGCCAACAGCACGGGCAGCGCUGGCACCGGUGGCAACGCCAGCAAGCUGACCUUCGAUACAGCUCUUGUGGAGGCUACCCGCAGCUUCUUCAUGAACGCGAACGACCUCUCAGUCAACACGACCGGCAGUGUAUUGUUGCUGCGCAUAGCGUAUGUUACCACGGACUUGUACACGCUGACAAACUGUGUGUUCCGGGCACCGGUGGCGGCGGACGGCGAGUGGUCGGGGCCCAACCUCACAGCCCUGGGGGUGCCGUACGAUACCGGCAGCAGCAGCAGCAGCGGCCGCGGCGGCGCCCCGGUAGGCGCAAUCGUAGGGGCUGUCGUCGGCGGCUGCUGCGCUCUCCUCGCAGCAGGUGUGACAGCCCUGUUAGUGCUUCGCCGGCGGCGUCAGCAGCACGGGCGGCUCAAGCGCGGCCGCGAUGCCGGCGCUGGCGAUGACCCCUAUGCUCAGUACCUGCAGCGGGGCGCGGCCACGGACGGAGCAGGCGCGGACGCAGGCCCAUACGGCAAUGUUGACGGAAAUACAUCCAUCGCAGCAGGCGUCGCCAUCGCUGGUGACGGGCCUCGAUCUCGCUGCAGCCUGGACCGGCUGUCUGCGCUCACGGACAGCGGCCAGGUGAUGCGGCCCGGGGCACGAAGCAGCGCCGCGGAUGUCACGGCCCUAGCCAUUAUGUUCAAAGGCGGCGCAGGGCCCUCCGUCACAACCUCCACAGUGAGCUGCUCUGGCGGCCCCACGGGUGAACUGCCGCGCCUGUUGGCGGGCCUGGCGGCGCCAGCCGAGGCGGCGUCGAGCGCGCAAGGGGGCGUGGGGUCGGCGGCGGGGCGCAGCUCCCAUCCAAGCAGUAGCGCUAGCAGUGGGCUGCUGAAGCUGCGGUCCCCCUACACGACCACGGGGGCUGUCACCAACAUGACCAGUAAGGCCUUGGCUGCCAUGGCAGCAGCCGAGGCCUCAGCGCUCCGUAGCGACGGGCUACCUGUGGGCGGCUCCGGGGACAAGCUCACACGGGCACCUACCGACAGCUUCGAUGCAGCCCCGAGCACGACCACGCUCCGCCAGCACGGCCCAGCAGGUGCUGCCGCCCUUUGUGCAACCAUGCGCACAGGCAGCAGCACCGGCGGGCCCAUCACUGCUGGCCCUGGCGCCGGGGAUUCCAGGCAUACGCCGCCCUCAGCCUCAUCCGGCUCCCGAGAUGUGGCUCGUACGGGAGCCAACGCCGUCGAGUCGUCCAACGCGUCGUCCGCUGUGUCCCUCUGGCAAGUGCCGGGGGCACCGGGGACCACUCGCGGCGCCAGCACUGUGAAUCAGAUGCACGCUAUGAUUGCGGCAUUUGGGCGGAACUUUAAUGACCAGCAGUUGCAGGUGCACGGGCUGAUUGGCAAGGGCGCGCACGGCACCGUGUAUCGCGGCACGUGGCGCGGCCUGUCCGUGGCGAUCAAGUCCAUGGUGUUUGGCCCCGACGACCACGCUCGCCACCAGCAGCGGCCGCUCAUGGAGGCGGCUAUCAGCUCAAACCUGACGCACCCAAACAUUGUGACCACCUACUCAUACGAGCUGCGCGAGGUGCAGCACGAGCUGGCGUCCCUGUCCCCGGAGCUGUCACAACAGGGCGGCGGCUGGCGCCUGCUCAUCAUCCAGGAGUUCUGUGACGCGGGCCCGCUGCGCAGCCUGGUGGACUGCGGCUUCUUCCUCACGCCGCCACAGCAACACAUAAAGCGGCCGCCUUCACGCAUGUUGGAGCAGCAGCGCGCGUCCCGGAAAUCCGUAGCAGCAGCGUCAGCAGUAGCAUCAGGAGAAGCAGGAGGCGCGAAGGAGCAGCAGCAGCAGCAGCAGCCAGAACGUUCGGCUGCUGGUCACGGUAUCCGGGGCAGCAGCACCAGCAGCGACGAUGACGAGGAUGAUGCGCGUGUAUCGCGCAUGCUCCGGCGGGCUGGUGGCACGUUCGGUCCUGGCAUGUUUGAGGGCUGUGAGCGGGUGAAGCCGAACAAGCCUUUUCGCCCAGCCCUCGAGGACGUGCCUGCGGACGUGCCCGGCGGCCGGCCCGCAAGCUCGCUCCAGGCGGCCCUGCGCUACGUGGAGGCCGCGCUGCAGAUCGCACGUGGGCUGCAGCACAUCCACGAGAAGAACAUCGUGCAUGGCGACCUGAACCCCAACAAUGUGCUGCUGGUGCGCGCGCCCGGCACUCCGCUGGGGUUCUGCCUCAAGGUGUCGGACUUCGGGCUGUCGGUGCGCGUGGGUGAGGGCCAGUCGCACCUGUCCAACUUGUUCCAGGGCACGCCCUACUACUGCGCGCCGGAAGUGAUGCUGUCUGGCAAGGUCGGCAAAAGCGCAGACCUGUACUCUCUGGGCAUCAUGCUGUGGGAGCUGCAGAACGGCACGCGGCCGCCCUGGCGCAUGGGCGUGCGGCUGCGCACCUACCCCUCGCUCAACACGGGCGAGCUGGAGUUCGGACCCGACACGCCUCCGCGGUACGCAUGCCUGGCACGGGAGUGCUUCCACGCCUCCAGCGCGGCGCGGCCGAGCGUGGGGGUGGUGGUGGCAGCGCUGGAGAGGAUUAGGGACGAGCUAACCGUAAUGAGCAAUGUAUAGUAGGCGUGCGGUUUUGUGCGCCGUUACACGGAAUGGAACUCAACUUUCGCUGAGGAACGCGUCAGCAGGUUCCAGCUAGAACAGGAUCAUGUGAAGUAUUAUGGCAUGCAAAGGGUAGGCAUUAUUUUGGUGUGUUGCUGGCUUGAGCUCAGCCUUGGGCCAUGCACACAGGCUGGUGGAAACACAACCACGGAACAGUAGUGGCGUUACACGUGCUCUCUUAUCUAUAUCUUGUCUUUUGUCUGAAUGUGGCUGCGUGUGCCUACAGCUUAAGGGAUACAAAGGAAUGCUUCUUUUGCAGGGGUUCUGGUCUUCUGGAUCCGACAUUUUUGUUCAGUUGUAGAGGCGAUGUCAUUAAGGUUGAUACUGACAUACUGUCAAGCGUCACGCCAUCGUGGGGCAGCGUUCCUUCAGGGCAACGAAGCAAGAAGUAAGUGGAUGGAGGGGGCGUGACAACGACAGAUUUCUGUGACUCUUUCCGCAAUCAGAGGUUGACGCGCACAAGAGCGUUUUGUGCAAGGGUGCUUCGUGCAUAAUACCGUUGACUCGGGCUGCCAACUUGAAGCCUAAGGUUCGUCAGGCACAUGCUGGCGUGCACCGUGUUUGGACAGUAGUGUUUGGGGACAGUGUGUCACGCCCUACUGCGUGAUUACGCAACCCGUACGUGCCCCCGCUGUAAUGAUUGCGGCGUGACUCACUGCUCCACUGAGCGCACAGGCAGAUUUACUUGACUCUCGUCUGACCUCAGAAAUUACAAGCACUUCUGGUCACUGGCAGCGAUAGUUCGCGUCUGUUUGCAGUGGCGUUCUUCAACUGUGUAAACGCUCACGGAG